UCAAAACUCAAUCAUAUAUCGGUAGUAUUUUAGUUUUCCUUCCACAAUGUCGGACGUUGUAUUUCCCGAAGAAUUGGUUUAUUUUAUUGAAAGCAUUCGUCCUUAUCAGCUGCACGAAGUGGGCAGUAGUAAAUGGAUAGACAGCCAUGAAAUGAUAAUAAAACUUAGCCAACAAGCUAUUCUAGAACUCGCGACCCAUCGCGAAGAAUCCGUGAAGGAGUAUCUGGUCAUGCAUGACAAGCUAAAAACAUUGAUUCAUGAAGCUUAUUGCGUUCUCUUGUGGAAGACAAAAGUUCUUCCUCAUCUCUUGGACAUUGAUCCGAAUCCAGAAGCAACUUUUCUAAUCUACACGGUCUUUUUUCAUGAGGGCUCAGUGAUUUCACUUCUGGAGAUAGCUUUGUUCCAUGAAAAUGGUUGUGAAUCAUUGAAGGAAGCAUCUGUGGAUUUGGUUGAUUACUGCGCCCAGGCUAUUGCUCAAAUUAUUGGAUUAGUUAACAUGGGUUAUCAUGAAAAAGAAUCUGAUGUCGAUGUAGACGAAUCCGUUCUCACAGAAAUGGACCGUCAAAAGAGGGAUAUGAUAUUCAAAAUUGGUUUCAGAUGCAUAUCAAUUUUGAACUAUCUAGCAGAUAAUUUUGAAGUCCUACCGUGUAGUGCUAAACGCCGCAUGGUAACCACACACGACAUUCCUUGGUUACUUGCCGAUUUACUUAUUUUUUGUCCUUGGUAUCGAAAAACUUCAAAAGGAAUACAAAAAUUUAUCGAGGAAAAAUGGACAACGGUAAUUGGAGAGGACUUGAGAAAAGUUGUGAAACAUGAAGCUCAGACUUGGUUUUGCUUGAGACAAAUCUUAUUUAGUCCUUCUUUGAUGGAGUUAUAUGAAAUGAAUGAACCCAGGCAAAAGAGAUUAGGGCAAUGCCAAGGACUCCUCCAUGACACCCUACUGGACCAGCUACCACCACUCAUCGAAUUGAAACAUUUCCUAUGCACACUUUCAAUGGGAGGCGAUACACAGUUCUCAAAGAAAAAGUCCAAUUUAAUCUUAGAAGAACUGCCCGAGAUAAAGGAAAACCUCAUCAAAGAAGCCAAGUUGAAUGGUGGUUACCUUGCAAUAGCCCAAAAUCAAUCGGAGACUUUUUUGACUAACUCAAAAGAAAAGAUCUGUUCGCUGGCUGCACGAUUGAAUUCCGCUUACAACACUGACCUAUUGGCUGACAUGGAAGCCAAAGAAAGCCCACUUGCGGUUGAAAAGAAGGAUCAGACGAAUUGCGGUGUAUGCAAAAAGGUUGCUGAGAAGAAGUGCUCGAAAUGCAAAACCAUAUAUUACUGCUCAAGACAAUGCCAAUUGGACGACUGGCCAAAUCACAAGAAGCAAUGCAUCACUUUAGAAACAACAUCAAAAUAAACCAAAGGACACAUGAAGAUGUCACAGCAAAGAGCUCACAGAAAACACUUUAAAUAUCACAAAUUCUCACAUAAUUGUUUUAGUUUUCUAAGUUCUUUUUAUUUAAAAAAAUGCUUAACCUCAAGUAGAAUGUCGUCUUUGAUUGAAUCGAAAACUCAUGUAAACAGCAGCAGUUUAACUGUUUUGCCUGAGGUGCUCUUUGACAACAUCGAGGGCGGGUGUUUCCUCACCGAAAUCCUUGAUGACGACGACAGAGCAGCCACAAACCUUACGUGGUUUGCCUUCUUUGUCGAUUUUGCAAAGUCCAGACCAUUCGCCGAGUUUCUUGUGUGAAUCGACGCGGAUCAAUGGAAUU